GUUUUCCUCGUGGCUCUCGCCUGUGCGUUUGUGUGGACCGUCAGCAUUAAAUAUAUUAAUUUACAGCACAGCUAGGUCGAAAGUUAUCGCUAUAGAGUAGCCUAUUCCUUCGUAAAACCCACGGGUUUCCAAACGCAGCCUACUAAUUUGCGGUAGCCAACAGAAGUAAGAGAUAGCUAUCUAGCUAACUUAUGUUAGCUGUCACAUGAUGAUAGCUGGCUGAUUUUUACUUCGACGGUCGACCAACGUUAUCUAUCUCACUGAGAAUAUCGUCUUGAACGAUUUCUAUUCAUCUAAUUUCACUUGUCUUAAUUAUAAUCUUCUCACAUGCGUUCACCCACCCAGAAGUUUGCAGCAGCAUGGAUUCGGUUUGUGUCGAAUAUAAACUUCAGACCUUGGAUGCAGGAGCGCAGAACCUCCUAAAAGCAGCACUGAAAGAUCCUCGAGCAGUCGAUCUGGAGAAAGUGGCAACGGCAAUAGUUGACCUGUCAUUGAAAGACAGUUCUUUCUGCAAAGAAGCUGGCCGAAUAUGUUACGCUCUGAUCCAGGAAGAGGCCAAGUAUGCCAAUACCACUGUGUUCAGACGGAACCUGCUCACCCGCCUGCAGCAGGAAUUCACCGUGAGGGAGGAGACACGGAAGCGCUCUGUGUCGCAGUGGGUCUGCAUCGUUAACUUCAUCUGUACCAUCUUUGACUACCUCAAGGUUAACAACCAACCCAUGGCAGCCCUGGUUCAACCUGUGUAUGACUGUUUGUUCAGACUGGUGCAGCCAGAUGCCCUUACCAAUGAGGAAGAGGUGGACUGUCUGGCGAUGCAGCUGCACCGCAUCGGGGAGCAGCUGGAGCGAGCGGAGGCUGGCCGCAUGGACGAGCUGUUCUACUCGCUGCGUGACGGCUUCCUGCUCCAGGAGGGCCUGAGCUCCAUGGCCCGCCUGCUGCUGCUGGAGGUGCUGGAGUACCGCGCCGGCGGCUGGAAACUCAGCGACACGGCCCGAGAGUACUACUACAGCGAGGUGGCCAACUAGGCCCAGCAGUACUACUACAGCGAGGUGGCCAACUAGGCGCCGCCAGCACUGUGGGGAAUGCGAGGGUCAGAGGCAAUUUAAUCCAGUUGAGGGUGCUGUGCAGGGGGGGUAGUGUGAGAUGAGAACCAUUAAGAGACUUCCAGUUUGAGGUGGGGUUGGGGAGAGGAAUAGCAUGGUGUGUUUUAUGUUAAAACGUGAUGUUGACAUUUGAGACCAAAUAGAAGUAGGUGCUUUUGGUAUGGGGAAAAGUUUAUUGUUGUCUUGUGAAAUGCUGAACAUCCAAUGGUCACUGUUCACAAAACUGAACAUGCCAUAAGAUGUUUCUAUGACCAUGACACUGGAGAACAUUUUUCUUUUUCUGUAAAUGUGAAUACCAGACACCCACUGCCUGUACAACAAAUGCCUUUUUCUCAUUUAGGCUCAUGAACAUUUCCUUCAUUUAUUCUUUUACUUAAUGACAUAUUUCCCUGUAACAUAAUUCAGGAAAUGUUUCCUUUUAUGUUUUCCCUAAGUAUGUUGUUUUUUAACAUUCCAUUUUCUUGGCAGUGGCCUGCCUUUGCUGUGAAAGUGCAUUUAUGUUUGCUUCUUCACUCAGUUAUGUUUAGCCAUGUUACUACUAAAUGAUGUUGUUUUUCUCAAUCUGUUCUGUUUAGAUCUAGACAUGUGCUCACUUAAAGAUUCAGCUGAUCAUCAAGACAUAUGAUUGAUUACCUGAUGGUCAGUGGAAUCAAAGGAUAUGACUUGCUUUGGGGAUUCAAGAAAACGUUUUGUUGGUUUUGCAGUUUGGCAGUUGUGCAAUUCUUCUCAUAACAGUAGGACUGCUAAGUAAUUCAGGGAUGUUGGUUUCAGGGUAUUUUUUUAUGAUAAUAUGUACGUUGAAUUUUCAAGUAAAAACAUUUUCAUACCUUGUC